GCAUGGGGAUGAUAUGCCUUUAUUGUGGGAUGUCUUCACUUAAUGUUUUGCUUUUACUUCCAUUUAAUAAAGAAACAGAGUAUAUAUGGAGUAACUGCAAAAAACCCUGCAGUUAAUUAAAUAAUUUAUACAGAUUUCUGUUAAAUGGACAAGAACAUUUGGGUAUUUUGUAGAUAGAUGUUUUUAUUGGUCCUAAAAUUGUGUGUCAUUACUUUGGGGUAAUUUUCAGCAGUUUAUUUACCUAAUGUCAUCAUCUGUCUGAAGCUGUACCUUUUGGUGGUAAAAAAGGAACGUAUUGAUGUAAUUGCCAUUAUCACACUUAAGAUGCUGUUAACUAGUCUGCUUUGAAUGCACAGCGCUGUAAAGAAAGCGCAUUAUCCUUUGGAGCUAUUAGGGAUAAUCUAAAAAUUGUCUUGAAAAUGUUGCACUUCCGUCUAUGAUGGCAGCCCCAAAUUCGGCAAAUCUCUGAAGGUAAAGACUGUAGUGGAAAGGAGAUUUUCAACAUUCAGAUGAUAAAAUGGGACCACUUAGGGAAAAAUUAAUGUGCUGCAGCAGCACUUCAGCUGCCAUUUUCAAUCACUGUGGGUUACUAUGUGUUGGCAACAGCAAAAAAAAUGUAGACGCUUGGAUAGCUCUGGGAGCUGGUAGUUGGGGGAAUCAGGAUAUUGAAUCAUGUGGGGUAGAACAAACCAAUUACUUCAGGUUUUGACUUGAGAAUUUCCAGUAAACAUUUUUUCUGGCUUUUGGCUCCCCUGCUCAUUAAUAGACCAACAUCAAAGCAGGCAGCCAAACUUCCAAAUGUUAUAAAAACUAAUGUAAAGAUACAGAUCUCACAUGUAGUCUUGCAAGUCUUAAUUUAAGUCAAGCAGUUGGAGUUUUUAUUGCUGCAAUUUUCACAAUCAGCAGAGACAUUAACACCAUGCUUCUGGGUGUUUCCUUCCUUAAAAUGAGCAAGCGGAGAGCUUUAAAAAAAACCAAAGUUUGCUUAGUUAGUCCUUAUUUGAUCAGUUCAGAAGCUUUCCCAUGUUUUAUUUAUCUCUUAUUGCUUUUAAUGCUUAAAGUCAGGAAAGGGGGUUACUCAGAGAGGAAUUCUAAUCUCUAGUAAGAAAGCAUCUUAUUAAAAUUUAAAUAAACAAGGUAGUAUAGAGUCUUGGAAGUGUGUAGUUUUUAUGGUUAGUAAUAGGUAUUAAAUGAUAAUUAUUACUGAAAAUUCACAUGUAGAAGUGACAUUCUGAUUAAUAUUAAACUUUUUAAAAUGGUGCAGUCAGAUAAAGAAUAGUACAGUCACGAAUUACAGCUUUUUUUUUAAAGCUGCGUAGGUUUCUCUUGUAUGUUACAAAGGUAAACCUCCAGUUAGGCAAAAUAUUUGUCAAAGUUGUAUUUGCAAUAUAUUUUUAUAUGGUGAAUCAUAAAUUCGUACAGAUGAUAAUGCUGCUCCAAUAUAAAGAGCUGUGUGAUAUUUAGAAAAGGGUAAAAAACUGGUCACAGUUUUUUUGCUGAAGUUUGGCCUAAAAAUUUUAUGUAUUUCCAAGCCUUUGCUCAUCCUCUAUUCAUUGAAGAUGUUGAUGUGCAUGUAUGAAUAUAUAUAUAUUUUAGUACAAUUUUUGGUGAGAAUAGCACUGUGCCUAAUACAAAAAAUAAUUUUACUAAUAAUCACUUGAAGAUAUUUUCAUGUUAAAAAUUGUUGUAUGUCCUCUCUGCAUUUCCGUUGAGGAAUAUAUGUGGAUGACCGCUAAUACAAGAACUUGAAGAAGCGAUUAAUGAUUUUACCAGGUGAACUGCAAAAGAAGACGUUAAAGCACGUCUGGUGUAUGAUGGAAAUCAUGUUCAUGCAUAGAUAUGAAGAUGAAUAAUGCAGACCACUGGUUUCGAUGAUGCUGGGCUUUUAUAACUGGAUUCAUUAAGGAAUACAAAGAAAACUCUUACAGGGAUCAAUAAUGCUGUCUUCUGGUUGCAGAAUGCAAAGUUUUUGGUUUCUGCUCACUAUCGGCUUCCUGCAGUGGACAGAAGGUUUCAGCCGAGCAGCGCUACCGUUUGGGUUGGUGAGGAGGGAGCUGUCCUGCGAAGGCUACUCCAUUGACCUGCGGUGUCCGGGAAGCGAUGUUAUUAUGAUAGAAAGUGCUAACUAUGGACGGACAGACGACAAGAUUUGUGAUGCUGACCCUUUCCAGAUGGAGAACACAGAAUGCUUCCUUCCAGAUGCCUACAAAAUUAUGACACAAAGGUGCAACAACCGAACACAGUGUAUAGUAGUUACUGGGUCAGAUGUGUUUCCUGAUCCUUGUCCUGGGACAUACAAAUAUCUAGAAGUUCAGUAUGAAUGUGUUCCUUACAAAGUGGAGCAAAAAGUUUUUGUUUGCCCGGGGACGUUGAAAGCAAUUGUGGACUCACCGUAUUUAUAUGAAGCAGAACAAAAAGCAGGUGCUUGGUGCAAAGAUCCUCUCCAGGCUGCAGAUAAAAUAUACUUCAUGCCGUGGACUCCGUAUCGCACCGAUACUUUGAUAGAAUAUGCUUCUUUAGAGGACUUUCAAAAUGGACGCCAGCAGACAACAUACAAACUUCCAAAUCGAGUGGAUGGUACUGGAUUUGUAGUGUAUGAUGGUGCUGUCUUUUUUAACAAAGAAAGAACUAGGAACAUAGUAAAAUUUGACUUGAGGACUAGAAUUAAGAGUGGAGAGGCCAUUAUCAAUUACGCUAAUUACCACGACACCUCUCCAUACCGAUGGGGAGGAAAGACUGACAUUGACUUGGCCGUUGAUGAAAAUGGCUUAUGGGUAAUUUAUGCCACGGAGCAAAACAACGGGAUGAUCGUUAUUAGCCAGCUGAAUCCCUACACCCUUCGCUUUGAAGCCACGUGGGAAACCACGUAUGACAAACGGGCAGCAUCGAACGCUUUUAUGAUAUGCGGAGUUCUCUACGUCGUCCGGUCAGUGUAUCAAGACAACGAAAGCGAAACGGGCAGGAACGCCAUCGACUACAUCUACAACACCAGGCUGAGCAGGGGCGAGCAUGUAGACGUUCCCUUCCCCAACCAAUAUCAGUACAUUGCCGCAGUGGAUUACAACCCCCGAGAUAACCAGUUGUAUGUGUGGAAUAACAACUUCAUUCUACGGUAUUCUUUGGAGUUUGGCCCACCUGAUCCUGCCCAAGUGCCUACCACAGCAGUGACAAUAACUUCUUCAGCAGAGCUAUACAAAACCACAGUGUCCACCACUAGCACUACGUCACAGAAAGGUCCCGUAAGCACAACAUUAGCCGGAGGAGUGAAGGAAGGAAGCAGAGGACCCAAGCCACCGCCACCAGUUUCCACAACCAAAAUUCCUCCAGUGACAAGUUUUUUCCCUUUACCAGAGAGAUUCUGUGAACCGACUGAGGCCAGGGGCAUUAGCUGGCCUCAGACACAAAGAGGAAUGGUGGUUGAACGCCCUUGCCCCAAAGGAACACGAGGAACGGCCUCCUAUCUGUGUGUGGUUUUAACUGGAACGUGGAACCCCAGGGGCCCCGAUCUCAGCAACUGCACCUCGCACUGGGUAAACCAGCUGGCGCAGAAGAUCAGAAGUGGAGAAAAUGCUGCUAGUCUGGCCAAUGAACUGGCUAAACACACCAAAGGACCAGUGUUUGCCGGGGAUGUCAGCUCCUCGGUGAGGCUGAUGGAGCAGCUCGUGGACAUUCUUGAUGCUCAGCUGCAGGAACUGAGGCCCAGUGAAAAAGACUCUGCGGGAAGGAGUUAUAACAAGCUCCAAAAACGAGAGAAGACAUGCAGGGCUUACCUUAAGGCAAUUGUUGAUACAGUGGACAACCUGCUCAGGCCUGAAGCUCUCGAGUCCUGGAAAGAUAUGAAUUCUUCCGAACAAGCCCAUGCAGCAACCAUGUUACUUGAUACUUUAGAAGAAGGGGCUUUUGUCUUGGCUGAUAAUCUCUUAGAACCAACUAGAGUCUCAAUGCCCACAGAAAAUAUUGUUUUGGAUGUUGCAGUGCUCAUUACUGAGGGCCAGGUGCAGGACUUGAAGUUUCCUCAGGGCAGUAAAGGCGGCAAUUCGAUUCAGCUCUCUGCAAGCACUGUGAAGCAGAACAGCAGGAACGGAUUAGCAAAGCUGGUUUUCAUCAUUUACAAAAGCUUGGGACGUUUUCUCAGUACGGAAAAUGCAACCAUAAAGCUGGGCAGCGACUUUGCUGGACGGAAUAGUACCAUUGCGGUGAACUCCCACGUCAUUGCAGCCUCCAUCAACAAGGAGUCCAGCCGGGUGUACCUGACCGAUCCUGUGCAUUUCACUCUGGAACACAUCGAUCCUGACAAUUAUUUCAAUGCAAAUUGUUCCUUCUGGAACUACUCAGAGAGGACUAUGAUGGGAUAUUGGUCAACUCAAGGCUGCAAACUGGUUGACACAAAUAAAACCCAUACAACCUGUGCUUGCAGUCACCUAACCAACUUUGCAAUUCUUAUGGCUCACCGGGAGAUUGUGUACAAAGAUGGAGUGCACGAAUUGCUCCUCACUGUCAUCACCUGGGUGGGAAUUGUCAUCUCUCUUGUUUGCCUGGCCAUCUGCAUCUUCACAUUCUGUUUUUUCCGUGGCCUACAAAGUGAUCGUAAUACUAUUCACAAGAACCUUUGUAUCAACCUAUUCAUUGCUGAGUUCAUUUUCCUAAUAGGCAUCGAUAAGACAGAGUACAAGAUUGCAUGUCCAAUAUUUGCAGGCCUCUUACACUUUUUCUUCCUGGCAGCCUUUGCCUGGAUGUGUCUAGAAGGAGUGCAGCUUUAUCUUAUGUUAGUAGAAGUAUUUGAAAGUGAAUAUUCUAGGAAGAAGUAUUAUUAUGUUGCUGGCUACCUCUUCCCUGCUACAGUAGUUGGUGUCUCAGCAGCUAUUGACUAUAAGAGCUAUGGAACAGAGAAAGCUUGCUGGCUCCAUGUAGAUAACUAUUUUAUCUGGAGUUUCAUUGGGCCUGUUACCUUUAUUAUUCUGUUGAAUCUUAUCUUCUUGGUGAUCACAUUGUGCAAAAUGGUGAAGCACUCAAAUACUUUGAAACCAGACUCUAGCAGGUUGGAAAACAUUAAUAAUUACCGUGUUUGUGAUGGCUACUAUAAUACGGACUUACCUGGCUAUGAAGAUAAUAAGCCAUUUAUCAAAUCCUGGGUCCUGGGUGCAUUUGCUCUCCUGUGUCUCCUUGGCCUAACAUGGUCAUUUGGCCUGCUGUUUAUCAAUGAGGGGACUGUUGUGAUGACAUAUCUCUUCACAGUAUUUAAUGCUUUCCAAGGAAUGUUUAUUUUCAUCUUUCAUUGUGCCCUACAAAAGAAAGUACGUAAGGAAUAUGGCAAAUGCUUCCGACAUUCCUACUGCUGUGGUGGGCUACCAACGGAGAGUCCCCACAGUUCAGUGAAGGCAUCGACAACAAGAACUAGUGCACGCUAUUCCUCUGGCACUCAGAGUCGUAUAAGGAGGAUGUGGAAUGACACUGUGAGAAAACAAUCUGAAUCUUCUUUUAUCUCAGGUGACAUCAACAGUACUUCAACACUUAAUCAAGGAAUGACUGGCAAUUACCUACUAACAAACCCUCUUCUUCGACCACAUGGCACUAACAACCCCUAUAACACAUUGCUCGCUGAAACAGUUGUAUGUAAUGCCCCUUCAGCUCCUGUGUUUAACUCACCAGCAACCUACAGAGAGACAAGUAUGGGAGUAAAACUUAACUUUGCCUAUCAAAUGACAUUCACUGAACAAUGCCAGGGAUACAAGUGCCAUGGAUACUCUACCGCUAAAUGGUAAUUUCAACAACAGCUACUCAUUGCGCAACGGAGACUAUAACGACAGUGUGCAAGUUGUAGACUGUGGACUAAGCCUGAAUGAUACUGCUUUUGAGAAAAUGAUCAUUUCAGAAUUAGUGCACAACAACCUGCGGGGCAGCAGCAAGAACCACAACCUGGAGCGCACGCUGCCAACCAAAGCUGUGAUCGGCGGGAGCAGUAGCGAAGAUGAUGCCAUCGUGGCAGAUGCGUCAUCUUUGAUGCACAGCGACACCCCCGGACUGGAGCUCCACCACAAGGAGCUGGAGGCCCCCCUUAUUCCUCAGCGGACUCACUCCCUUCUGUACCAGCCCCAGAAGAAAGUGAAGACCGAAGGAACCGACAGCUACGUCUCCCAGCUGACGGCUGAGGCUGACGACCACCUCCAGUCCCCCAACAGAGACUCUCUUUACACGAGCAUGCCCAACCUCAGAGACUCUCCUUUCCCAGCGAGCAGCCCUGACGUUGAAGAAGAUCUCUCUCCCUCCAGGAGGAGCGAAAAUGAGGACAUUUACUACAAGAGCAUGCCAAAUCUCGGAGCUGGCCAUCAGCUUCAGAUGUACUAUCAAAUCAGCAGGGGUAAUAGCGAUGGCUAUAUAAUUCCCAUUAACAAGGAAGGAUGUAUUCCAGAAGGGGAUGUUAGAGAAGGACAAAUGCAACUAGUGACAAGCCUUUAAUAGUGUAGCAAAGAAAUAUUAAAGGCCACAUACAAGUAUUAAAAAGACUUAAUUGGCCCCAUGCAGGCUCCCUCAUAUCUGCUUGAAGAGACAAUUCUGUUGACCCUGUGGUUCUCCAGUGUAACAGGGGUGAAUGGACCUUGCAGUUCUGUGAAUUUUUAUAAAACAAAAACUUUGUAUAUACACAGAGUAUACUAAAAUGAAUUAUUUGUUACAAAGAAAAGAAAUACCAACAAGGUAUUUUAAGAUAUCUUCUGCUGCUGAAUUUAACAAAAUUGUGAAAAAAGAGAAAAAUAAACACGUUCCAGCUAUUUUACUGCAGCAGUUUGUGAACUAAAUUUGUAAAUAUGGCUGCACCAUUUUUUUUCUAGGCCUACAUUGUAUUAUAUACAAGGCGUAGGCUCUAAAAUCCUGUGGGACAAAUUUACUGUACCUUACUAUUCCUGACAAGACUUGCAAAAGCAGGAGAGAUAUUCUGCAUCAGUUUGCAGUUCACUGCAAAUCUUUUCCAUUAAGGCAAAGAUUGAAUACAUGUCUAACCACUAGCAAUCAAGCCACAGGCCUUAUUUCAUAUAUUUCCUCAACUGUACAAUGAACCGUUCUCAUGAAAAAAUGGCUAAAGAAAUUAUAUUUUGUUCUAUUGCUAGGGUAAAAUAAAUACAUUUGUGUCCAACUGAAAUAUAAUUGUCAUGAACAAUAAUUUUAAAGAGUUUGAAGAAAAUAUUGUGGAAAGCUCUUGGUUGCACAUAUGUUAUAAGCUGUUUUUCUUACACUCUGUUCAUAGUACGGUAGUAUGUUAAAAAUGCAAGUUCUACCCGUUUUCACUUAUUUUUCACUGUAAACAGUGUUCUGCUUUGACAAGUUAGUUUUUAUUCUUACGUUUUCAAUUUUUAUUGCCAAAAAACAUAAUUUGGGGAGACAUUUGUUUUAGAAGCCAAUUAUGCCAAGCCUUGCACAAAUUUGGUAUAGCUAACAAAGAUUGUAACUCAAUUCCCUCUUCAUUCUUUAAUCGGGGUUGGGUGGAAAGGGGUAAAGGGGACACUGGACACUUCUCACAAGCUUUCUCGUGAAUAAAAGGUGCCUGUCCUUUAAAAAAAUAAAUAAAACAUAACUAUUACUCUUCCAUAUUCCUUCUGCCUAUAUUUAGUAAUUAAUUUAUUUUAUGAUAAAAAUUAAUGAAAUGUAAAUUGUUUCAACAAAACUCUGCUUUUUUCAUCCCUUUGUGUAAACCUGUUAAUAAUGAGCCCAUCACUAAUAUCCAGUGUAAAGUUUAACACCUGUUUGACAGUAAAUAAAUGUGAAUUUUUUU